ACACAUCUCUCUCAUCCUUCCCCUGGUGACACGUCCCAGCUCUGCCUUUUGAAAGCAAAGAUGAGCAGCACUCAAGCUGAGAAGUCCAUAGUGGGCAUGAUCAACAUGUUUCACAAAUACACCGGAAAUGACGACAAGAUUGACAAGCCCAGCCUGCUGACGAUGAUGAAGGAGAACUUCCCCAACUUCCUCAGUGCCUGUGACAAAAAGGGCACAAAUUACCUGGCCAAUGCCUUUGAGAAAAAGGACAAGAAUGGGGAUAAGAAGAUUGAUUUUUCUGAGUAUCUGUCCCUUCUGGGAGACAUAGCCAUUGACUACCACAAGCAGAGCCACGGAGCAGAGCCCUGUUCCGGGGGAAGCCAGUGAUCCAGCCCCACCCAGGGGCCUCCAGAGACCCCAGAACGAUAAAAUGUGUC